AUGGGCCUGUUCAACCGCAAGAAGGACUCAAAGGCGCCUCAGCCCGCCGCCCAGGCUACUGAUGCUGCCUCCACCAUUUCCAACGGCAGCGUCAAACCCGUCAAAGCCUCCGCCAACGGCAACACCAUGUCCAAGCCCCAGAUCCCCGACAUCCCCCUCCCCAAGGCCCCGGACCCGGCUCUCGAUCCCGCGGGCUACCUGCGCAGCAUCCAUGCCGUGCGCGACCGCUCGCGCCUGGUCCUCGACAAGGCCAAGAAGAACCAAUUGAAGCACUUCACCGUAGACAUGACCAAGUUCAACGACACGGCUGCCUACGUUGUCUCAAUCAUCAAGCGCGACUAUGCCGGCGACUACGCCUCGAUCCCGCCCCACGGCCGUUGGCAGCACUUCGAGGUUGGCGGGCGCCCCCGUAUCGAUCAGCUCAUGGCCACCUGGCCGUCCAGUGUCGACAAUCAGGAGCGCACCCGUCGCCUGAUCGACCUGUUCGUUGUCUCCGUCCUUCUCGACGCCGGCGCCGGCACCAAGUGGCAGUACCGCAGCAAAGAGUCCGGCAAGAUCUACAGGCGCAGCGAGGGCCUGGCCGUGGCAAGCCUGGAAAUGUUCAAGGCCGGCCUCUUCAGCAGCAACUCGGGAGAGCCCUGCCGGGUGGAUGCUGCAGGCCUCAAGAAGCUGGACGAGAAGGCCAUGGCCCGCGGGCUGCAGGUCACGGAUGAGAACAUCCUCAGCGGGCUUGAGGGCCGCACGAAUCUCCUCGUGCGGCUGGGCGACGCUCUGCAGAACCCAGAAAUUUUUGGCGCUGAUGCUCGCCCGGGCAACAUGCUGGAUUACCUCCUCUCUCACCCCUCCACUCAGGCCUCCUCUGUCCCGAUCGUCCCCGUUCCAACGCUUUGGAAGGUGCUCAUGGACGGCCUUGGGCCCAUUUGGCCCGCAACGCGCACCCAAAUCGACGGCAUCUCGCUCGGCGACGCAUGGCCCUGCUCGGUGAUGCCCUCGCACCCCACGCACCCGUGGGAGAACAUCGUGCCGUUCCACAAGCUGACGCAGUGGCUCUGCUACUCGUUGAUGGUGCCCAUGAACAAGCUCAUGAACGUUCACUUCGCAGGAGAGCAUCUGCUGACCGGUCUCCCCGAGUACCGCAACGGCGGGCUCCUGAUCGACACCGGUCUCCUCACCCUGAAGCCUGAGGAAGCCAAACGAGGCUUGGCGCAAUACCAGAAGAAUGCGCAGGUCAAGGGCCAGCCGAGCAUCGAGGUUGUGCCCAUGUUCACCGCGGACGACGACGUGAUCGUCGAGUGGCGGGCGGUGACGGUCGGUUUCCUCGACGAACUGCUCUACGAGGUCAACGGCCUGCUUGGCUUGGUGGGCGCGGACAAGCUAAGCCUAGCGCAGAUGCUCGAGGCUGGCAGCUGGAAGGGUGGUCGAGAAAUAGCCGAAGUCUCGCGGCCGAACACGAAAGAGCCGCCGAUCAUGAUCUUGUCCGACGGGACUGUUUUCUAA